GUACAGAGCUCGUUGUCAUCAGGCGACAUGUACAUCUGGAACGGAGAUAUACCACAACUAGGUAUGGAUCGACGCGAUGAGGGUCACAUGUUGGUUUUCUGUCAGCAUUUGCCUAAUCGUCGAUACGGCAACCCAUCAACUCCUCCUCCGGCUCCAUACGUCCCACCAUUUCUCCCUCUCCUUGUUUUUAAGGUGGCUAAGGUCGAUUCCGCUUUUUUCGGCUGUUCCCAAUACGCUCACGCGACCUCCCUUUGUUCGGACUGUCUUUCCGCUCUUCCGGGGUUCAACUUGUCCCAUGCUGUCCUUGCGGCAUCGCUCCUCGCGGAGCCGCAGUCUGCGCAGGAGGGGCAUGCUCUUCGAUGGCCGCAACUCUGGCUGGAGGCGUACUUGCAGUUCUCUGACCUGAGCCUCGAGCUCCGCUAUUCGCGCAUCGACCCCGCUCACCGCGGUGGUGCCGGAGAAGGUGCUCAUUGUCGGCGAAUAUAGCGUUUCGGUGUCAUCGACACGUGCAAAAGGAUGCAGGUUUGCGGGGUGCUCCGUCACAUCCUCGUCCUCGUGGAAUCUGGUAG